AUGUGUGCCACGGGAGCCUACAACCCAGUGGCAUAUCAGUUAAAGUUGGAGAAUGACAGGUUUGCUGUGCUGAAAGAUGACCUGAGUGGGCUUGGCGUUUGUCCAUAUGACCCUAAUGAUAACACCACAGUCAUUCUUGUAGAGAAGAAUUCUCCUGGCAAUGUCCCAUCACUGUUUGCUGGAUCAGUCACAGAUUUCGUCAAAUCAGACCCAAUCAUUUUUCGUCCCUUUGUGUACUUGCCAAAUGGGAUGCUUGAGGCACCAUAUGUUAGAACACCUAGAGCCAGAAAUGACUGGCUGAAUGAACCACAGUUUGUUGGGUCAUUUGAUGUGGGCGAAUAUGUGUAUUUCUUCUACCGAGAAGUGGCUUUGGAAUACACCAAUUGUGGCAAAAAGAUCUACUCAAGGGUGGCAAGAGUUUGCAAGAAUGAUUAUGGUGGGAGUAAUACACUUCAGAAUAUCUGGAUUUCAUUCCUAAAAGCCAGAUUGAACUGCUCAAUACCAGGAGAAUAUCCAUACUACUUUGAUGAAAUACAGGAUGUUUACAAAGUCGGAGAUACAUUUUAUGGACUCUUUACAACAAAUAUGAAUGGGUUGACAGCUUCUGCUAUUUGUGGCUUCAACAUGCGAGAUAUUCACAGAGCUUUUGAUGGUCCAUUUAAAGAUCAGAAGGACAAACAAUCCAUUUGGUUACCUUUAACGGAUGGAGAGGUACCUCACCCUCGACCUGGAGAUUGUAAAAAAGCCAGCAGCCUGAACAAGGAAAGCAACCUUCACCAAGCUUUCACGAGUUUUAUAUCACGGUCAAGCAUGCUCAUGGACAAAGCUGUUUCUCACACAUUUGGAAAACCAAUCUUUUACAAGAGCAACUGUUUGAUGCAAAAACUGGUGGUUGUUCAGAAUGUUGCCGGUCACGGAGAACUAGUUUUCUUUACAGCUUCAAAUAAUGGCUUACUAUACAAAAUAGCUGCCUGGCCAGGUCUGACCCCACUUGAUGCACCCAAAACAUAUGUGGUGACUAACUACAUUCCAUUUAGUGAUAGCAGGCCAAUAUGGACUCUCAUAUUGCAUGAUUCAUGGAUAUACUUUGGUACUGAUAUGGCUGUGGGCCAGAUUGCAGUUCAGACCUGUGACAAGUACAAAAAAAUUGACCUGUGCAUAUAUGACCCAUAUUGUGGUUGGGUUGCUACAUUGGGAGAGUGCAGGUCUAAUGAAAAUAAAAAUUUGAUCAACUAUGCUAAAAUAGACCUGCUGUCAUACUCACUUGAGGAAGCUAUCAAAAAACAUGUGGGAGAACUAUAUGUAUUUGAAAAGCUUUCCAAGACAGCAGGAAGUUCAGUGACUUUGCGGGUGGAGUAUCGACUUCAUAUUACCGGCAGCGUGAAGUGGACCAGGAAUGGAACUAGUGUCAAUGAUGAUAGGCACAUCUUGGCACAAGACAACUCUCUUAUAAUAACCGAUCUUCGACAGACAGACGAGGGGCAGUAUAUUGCAACAGAUAACCUUGGGAGAACUGUGGCAGAGUAUUCUCUUGCUGUAGAAACAAACAAAGAGCAGAUUGAACAAAGAUGGAUGCGCAAAUUUGACCAGUGGUGUGAUGAGUUUGAACGAUAUCAGGAAGAUAUCCGACAGUGGGAAAGAAAAUGCUCAACGUGCUGUCAGGAGACAUCGCUAACCAACAUGGUGCCAGCUCUAGGAGGGGGAAAUUAA